CAAUGAGAUGUUUGAAAAGGGAAGAUGGCAGCUGCGGCAGUGGUGGAGUUUCAGAGAGCUCAGUCUCUCAUCAGCACAGACAGAAACGCUUCUAUCGACAUUUUACAUUCAAUAGUGAGACGAGAUGUUCAGGAGGAUGAUGAAGAAGCGGUACGUGUCAAGGAGCAGAGCAUCCUGGAGUUGGGCUCUCUCCUGGCUAAAACGGGACAAGCUGCAGAGCUUGGAGGCCUGCUGAAGUUUGUGAGGCCGUUCCUGAUCUCCAUAAGCAAGGCAAAGGCAGCACGGUUGGUGCGCUCGCUCCUGGAUCUGUUCUUGGACAUGGAGGCAGCCACAGGCCAGGAGGUCGAGCUGUGUCUGGAAUGCAUUGAAUGGGCUAAAGCUGAGAAGAGAACCUUCCUCAGGCAGGCCCUAGAGGCUCGACUUAUUUCACUCUAUUUCGACACCAAGAGAUACCAGGAAGCCCUACAGCUUGGCACACAGUUGCUGCAAGAGCUAAAGAAGAUGGAUGAUAAAGCUCUGCUAGUGGAGGUUCAGCUGCUGGAGAGUAAAACCUACCAUGCCCUCAGCAACCUUCCAAAAGCCAGGGCUGCCCUUACCUCAGCCAGGACUACCGCCAACGCCAUUUACUGUCCCCCAAAACUCCAGGCAGCACUUGAUAUGCAGUCAGGUAUUAUCCAUGCUGCUGAGGAAAAAGAUUUUAAAACAGCCUAUUCUUACUACUUCGAGGCUUUUGAGGGCUACGACUCCAUUGACAGCCCCAGGGCUGUCACUGCACUCAAAUACAUGCUCCUCUGCAAGAUCAUGCUCAGCUUGCCAGAGGAGGUACAGUCCUUGACCAGUGGUAAACUGGCUCUACGAUAUGCAGGAAGACAGACCGAUGCACUGAGAUGUAUAGCACAAGCCAGCAAGAACCGAUCAUUAGCAGAUUUUGAGAAGGCCUUGACAGAGUACACAAAAGAACUGAGGGAUGACCCCAUCAUCAACACGCACUUGGCCAAACUUUAUGACAAUUUGCUGGAACAGAACCUCAUCCGGGUCAUUGAGCCUUUCUCGAGAGUACAGAUAACACAUAUAGCAGGUCUCAUCAAACUCUCAAAGGAUGAUGUUGAGAGGAAACUGUCACAAAUGAUCCUGGACAAAAAGUUUCAUGGUAUUCUUGACCAAGGUGAAGGAGUGCUGAUCAUAUUUGAAGAGCCCCCUGUGGACAAGACAUAUGAUGCAGCCCUUGAAACCAUACAGAACAUGAGCAAAGUUGUGGAUUCUUUGUACAACAAGGCUAAGAAAUUAACAUAGAAUAAAUGUCAGAAGCUGCUGCUGUGUGAAAUGGUCGUAUGUGUGUGAGUUUGCCUGUGUGUGUGUGUGUGUGUGUGUGUGUGUGUGUGUGUGUGUGUGUGUGUGUGUGUAUGUAUGGUCAACAUGUGGAACUUUUUUUUUUUUUUCUCACAGCAAAAAGGGACAACAUUGAGCAAGACUCACAAAAUGCAACAGGAUCUACUUGUUCCCAACUUGAGAGUUUUUAACGUCUCUUUUCUUUCAAAUGGACAAUAUCAUCUUUAUGAUCUGAAUUUUUUCUCCUCUGUAUCUCUCAACAGGCCAAGACAGGCCAUCAGGGAAUGUUGUACAACUACAAUACAAUCCUAAAAUGUCAUAUAGAAAUGUAUAGCUCUUCUACAUUUAAAGUUUUUUAAUUACAGCAACUUUGUGAUACAGACUCUUGGGUUUCAGUUAUCUGCGGUUCAUCGGUUGUUUGCAGUAGCACAUAUCUUUUAUUCCCCUUUUCUGAUUUUAUGGAUGCAAGUAAAUCUGAUUACUGUGGAUGACAGAGGUUCAGUGGUUCUCGGCAGUAAUGGAGUUUGAUAGGAUUUGUGGAAGGCUCUAUAAUAAACAGUUGCCAAUCAUAUUAUCACGCAUUAGAAGUUCAUUUGAUCAUAAGUAUUGUUUGCUGUUUACUUUUGCAGUACACUGUCUUUACAGUUUUUUAUAUACAGUUUACUGUUUGCCAAGUAGGGUGGUUAUAAUAAAAGGCCCCAAUCCCACAAAGGUUUUAGUCCUCUUUGGGAAAAAUACAGCUUUCCCAAAACACAUUUUUGUCUGCACUAAAGUUUAUUCUUUUUUUUUCAUAAUUUUUCUUGUUCAUUGUUUUUCUGAUGCUUGUCAGAUCAGUAUCUCAACGUAAAUGCUAUUUCUAGUUUGCCAGCAAUACAACAUCGUACUGUAUACGUUCAAUACCCUCAACAUUGUAUUUUUGUAGAAAUUUUAAAUCCAAUGGUUUUUUUUUUUGUUUUUUUAAAUCUCAUUGCUUUCCUAAACAUGUAUACAUUCAGUUGUCCUUUGCAAAGUUAAUUUAUGUCCUUUCAUUUAUUCUGUUUAGUGUGCAAUUAUAAGUAUUCAAAAAAUUAAUUGAGGUGGGAAAAUGGUGUUUGAAUUCUUGAACCCCAGUGUUGAUUUGAGAAUUUUCUGCAUGUGUUUAUGAAGUGGCAGUAUAGCAUUAAUCAAGAAUUUAGUGGGAGAUUAAAUACUUUGAAAAGUAAUGGUUUUGUGCCUAACAUCAAAAAGUGAAUACCCACCAAUGUUCCUCUACCCAAAGCUCAAAUUCAAAAGUGUUGGGAUCUUGCAGGUUUCACUCUGAGGACUUUUUUUUUUUUUUUUUUUUUUUUUUAUGAAUUCGGUUGUUCAAAAUUAUUUUUUUCCCUCUCCAUAUAUUGUCUUUGAGAGAACUUAUAUUUAUCAACCCUUGUUUUAAAAUGAUGAACCUAAUACAGGGCAUUUUACCUUUAUGUGGUACCCAGUUAAAGUUUGCUCUUUUGUGUGCUUUCUUGUGAAAAGACGCAUGAAUAUUUUUGGGCAGUCUCAAAUCAACUACAGUAAGACAGCAAUGUUCAUGAGAACUAAACAUCUCAUUGACAUCUCAGUCAGAGCCUUAAAAACCAUGAUGGUCAGAGUUGAAAAGGAGUACUAACAAUUCAUCACAGAACUGAAAGUCUUUUUUUUUUUUAAAAUGCAUAUCUAGAUAGCAUGGUGCAUUUCUUUCCUGAUUAAUAUUCUGAUUUGCGAUCCUUACUCCAAUGUAUAACCACACUCACUGAUAAAAAAAAUUCCAAAA